AUGGAUCUUCGUCCACCACAGACAGUUCUUUCAUUCAAGUCUCACCUUGUUAGCAACAAUCGUGAAGACAUUCUGAGACAAUUCAUUGUCAACUACUUUGUUGAUGAUGAUAAAUUCUCCGUUUUUGAAAAAGUCGUUCCAAAUAGCGGCUUCCCAGGAGGAAACUUCAUUUCACGCGCAAAGUUUAUCAACCCAGCAACUGGCCAAAAGUAUAAAACAGAAGAACUUUACAUCGGUGCUACAGUUGUCUUAAAUUCUUGGACAUUCCAACUUGAUGAAGCCACAGAGGGUACUCUUCGCGCUAUGGAAGCAAAUUCAGAUCAGUAUCCAAAAUCAGACCUUUCUCAGACUAUCACAUCUAAAUUCUCGUUACUUAAAGGCCAAAAAUCAGAACUUGAGCAAAAGUUCAAAGCUCGUGAUAAACAAGGUCGCGGCCGCGUCACUUGGGUUGUUGCUCGAAGUAUCUUCGAUGAACACGACUUAUUUACGGAUCCUCAAGAGCGCUUAACAUUAUUGCGCAGAUUCCAAUUUGCUGAUGUCGAACAAUUCAAGUAUAACGAAUUCCUACAAGUAUUCUAA